AUGAUUGAAGUUGAAAGGCAGUUGGUGGGGAAAUCCACUGCCCCUAUAUUUGGACUUUACAGGGAGGCAUGUGAAGAAUAUGCUCGAGGUAUUGAGAAACUGUCCUACAAGUUGCUAGAACUUAUUGCUCUAAGCUUAGGCCUGUCAUCCAAAAGGCUCAAUAGCUACUUUAAAGACCAAACAAGUUUUAUGCGAUUAAAUUACUAUCCGCUAUGCCCAAUUCCGGAAUUGGCUUUGGGGGUUGGCCGGCACAAAGAUUCUCCUGCCCUGACCGUCCUUGCUCAAGAUGAUGUUGGAGGCCUCGAGGUGAAACGCAAAACAGAUGGCGAAUGGAUACAAGUUAAACCAACUCCAGAUGCUUAUAUUGUUAAUGUUGGUGACAUAAUUCAGGUUUGGAGCAAUGACAGAUAUGAAAGCGUGGAACAUAGGGUAGUAGCAAGCUCCAAGAAAGAGAGAUUUUCUAUUCCAUUUUUCUUCAGCCCAUCUCACUAUGUAAUGGUGGAGCCUCUGGAGGAACUGAUAAGUGAAGAAAGUCCAGCAAAAUACAAGGCUUACAACUGGGGCAAAUUUAAAACUACAAGAAACCUUAGUAAUUUCAAGAAACUUAAUGUUGAAAACAUUCAAAUAUAUCAUUUUAGAAUUGGUGACCUGUAAUGACAAAGUUAGUCUGUGAGAAGUCUUGUAAUAUUAAGCUGUCGUUCUCGGCUGGACAGAAAUAAAAUGGUAGUCUUUUUCUUCUA